GUAAGGAAACGGACUGUUUGAACCAGCUAGCUGGCUAAUCACUGAUAUGAUAACAGUUCUGUGUGUGUUUUUUUUUUUUUUUGCUUUUUAUGAGAGAUGUUUUAUCGAUUUAUAUAUUUAUCCUGUUUUAUUAGGGCGGGUGGACAUUUUCAGUGAGACAUGUAGCCGUUUGUGCUAACCUUGUUUUUGUGAUUAGCUCUGCUGAGCUAGGAGAAGGCGCUCGCUGCCUCUUUACACUAUUUUGUUUUUUUUUUCUUUGUUUUUUCAUUAAAUAUCCUUUACGUUUCAUCUAUUAGUGUCUGAAACUUCAUUCUCAGAAGUACUAAGGUGUAUUUAAGGCUAUAAUCCGUGGUACAGCCUUCAUUAGAGCAGACUGGAGCAGCAGAAUGAAGAAGUUUUUAUUUCCAUUUUAACUCCAGAACUUUCCCUCAGCACGUUUUCCUGUGUUAACGGUUUCAUUUCGACCCAAGUGCAGAUCAGAUCAGGUCAGAGAUGCCUCCAGCUGCAGACUGGACCUUCCUGAUGAGGGUCGACCCUGACAAUCUGGGAGAUGAUGAAGAGAAGAUCUGUGAUUUGCUUUUGAAGAUUUACCCGAAAGACCUGAGGGAGAACGAAUCGAAGAAAGCAGUACAGCUGUUCAGAAUUUCACAGACGUUACUCAGGCUGAAGUUGGAGGAAGCGACCUACGCCUACGAGAUCGUGGAAAAGGCCGGUGCUGACCAAGCGAGAACAGAAUUACAGCUGAAAGAGAAGAUAGCUGAGCUGAAAGCAGACCUCGAGUGCUCUGCAGGGGGGAGAGACACGCGCUUCCUCCGGGAUGAAAUCCGCCAGAUGGAGAGUCAGUUGGAGCAGAAGGAUAAGGAGCUGGUCCAGCUGGAGAGGGACAUGGAUAAAGAGAGGAAGAGCAAUGAGAAGCUGUCACGGCGAGCGGAGGAGGCUGAAGACGAGACCAGAAGACUGAAAAGAGAGAACGAGCAGCUCCAGCAGGAUGUUGAGUUCUACAGGAAGGAGCUGGAGCAGAAGGACUCGCACCAGAGCCGAGAUGAGAGGAGCGAGGCUCAGAAGAAAAUCAAUAAAGCCAACCAGCAGGCCGACCAGUACUGGGAGAACUGGCAGCGCUCAGAGGACGAGAACUCGCACCUGAAGAGCGAACUAGAGAACCUGCAGAAGAAUCUGGAGGAGUCGGUGAGAGAGAUGGAGAAGAUGACGGAUGAGUACAACAAGAUGAAGGUGGCGGUGCAGCAAGCAGACGGAUUCAUGGACCAGCUGAGGAGAGAGAGAGACCAGGCCAUGCUGCAGGUGAGAGAGCUGACACAGCAGAUUCAGGCUCGGGCCGAGGAGGACGAUCCAGUGAUUGCUGCAGUCAAUGCUAAAGUGGAGGAGUGGAGGUGUGUGUUAUCAGGGAAAGAUGCUGAAAUCCUGGAGUACCAGCAGAUGAUUCGGGACCUGAGAGAGAAGUUAAGAGCAGCUCAGAUGGAUUCGGACAAAAACAACAUCAUCGCAUUGCAGCAGGCGGUGCAAGAGAGGGACCAGCAGAUCAAGCUGCUGUCUGAGCGAGUGGAGCAGUACACGGGUGAAAUGGAGAUGAACGCCUCACUCAUCGAGGAGCUCAAGAAGCCACUUAAAAAGGAUAAAGGUCCAGGCUCGAGCGCACAGCAGAAGAAACUGGACGAGCUGAACGCCAAACUGCAGGCUGCAGAGUGGAGGGCGGAGCAGGCAGAACGCUCCGCCCAUCUUGCCGAGUCUGACGCCCACCACAAAGACCAGGAGCUGAGCGAAACCCUGAGCCGCAUUCGGCUUUACGAGUCUGGCACUGAUGGGCUGGUAGCCGCCGUCGCCGAGAUCAAAGAAAGCAAAAACCAGAUCAGAAUCCGCGACAGGGAGAUAGAAGCCAUGACCAAGGAAAUAAACCAACUGGAGAUGAAGAUCAAUGACCUUCUGGACGAGAACGAGGAGCUAAGAGGGCGCCUGGGUUUAACUCAGAAAGAAGAAGUGGAUUUAACCGAGUUCAGGAGAUCAAAGGUGUUGAAACAAAGGCAGUACAGAGCGGAGAACCAGGUUCUGCUAAAGGAGAUUGAACGUCUGGAGGAGGAAAGGCUGGAGCUCAAGCAGCGUAUCCGUGCCCUGGUGAAGGACAAAGGUAUCACGGUGAUUAGUAGCUCAGUGCUUGAUGACGAAACUGUAGAAGAAGGCAGCAGGUCCAUCAGGGAAAGGUCAACCCUGAGACCUGCUAAUGAGGAUGAAGUUAAACGAAAAAAUGACUUCCUGCAGAAGGAAUUGAUGAGCAGAGAGAAAGAGCUGGAGCUGAAGAGAGCAGAAUCCUCGCAGUUUCAAGCCAAACUGAACGAGAUGGUGAAGGAGAACAAGCAGCUGGAGCAGGGCAUGAAGGAGAUUUUGCAGGCCAUCCAGGAGUCACAGAGCAAAGCUCCGACUCAGGCAGCCAUCAGCGUCCCCAGCCUGGAGAGACUCGUCAGCGCCCUGGAGAUGAAGCACUCAGACGGGAAGCUUGAUAUAAUUGCACAUCUCAGGGCACAGCUGGAUCAGCUGACCGGCAGGAACGAGGAACUGAGGCAGGAGAUGAAGGCGGCUAGAGAAGAGGCAGCCAACACGCUGACUCAGCUAAUGAAGGCUAAUGAAAAGGUUGCACAUUUUGCGAGUGAGCUUGAGGUUGUGAGGCAGUCCGCAGGUACGGCUGUAGCUCCUAAACCUCUUCUGCUGCCUGAAGAAACGACACCCACCAGCACGCAAGUCAUCAAUUCGCUCAACGAGUACAUGAUCCAGCUGUUACAGGAGUUAAGAAAUAAAGAAGACUCGAACAAGCAGCACGGUCUGGCUUUGGAAGAGUACAAGAGGAAAUUCGCCGUCAUGCGACAUCAACAGGGACUGUUGUACAGCGAGUACCAAAGUGAGAAGGAGGCCUGGAAAAGGGAGAGAGACUGUUUUUCAGAGUUGAAAACCAAAAUGGAGGAGCAGAAGGAGGUGGAUGCAGUGAAGAUCCAAGAGUAUAAUCUCUGGCUGGAGGCUCUGCAGCAGGACCCGGCUGAGAUCAGGAGGCAGGUGGCCGAGGCGGCGCGUAAAGUGACGUUACUGCGAGUGAACGAGAGAUCUUUGACCCGCCGCUACACCACCCUGAUGGAACAGGAGCAGCAUCUGAGGAAGGAGAACUACAAGCUGAAGGACGACUCCGUGCGCAUGGAAGCUGCCGUUACGGAGAGAAUCGGCUACCUGCAGAGGUUCAAGGAGAUGGCCGCGUUUAAAAUGGCGGCACUCCAGAAAGCGCUCGACGACAGCGUCCCGUCUUCCGAGCUGGAAAGAGCGAACAAGCAGUACAAUGACCUCACGAUGAAAUACAGAGACCUGCUCCAGAAAGACAACCACCUCAUCCAGAGAACCACCACGCUGGAACAUUUGGAGGGUGAGAACGUCUCCCUCCGUGAGCACAUCAGUUCCAUCAGGAAGGAGCUUGAGAUCACGAAGGAGAAGCUGCACACGCUGGAGCAAGCCUGGGAACACAGCUCUGCUGGAGGACAGAGUGGUACGGAUAAAGCUGCGAAGGCUCUAGCAAACAGCGAGAUCGUGUCGGUGUCCAAGCGCAUCACCACUCUGGAGAUGAAAGAGCUGAACGAGAGGCAGCGAGCCGAGCACGCUCAGAAGAUGUACGAGCACAUGAGGAACUCUCUGAAACAGGUGGAGGAGCGGAAUUUUGAGCUGGAAGCCAAGCUUGCUGAGAUGGCGAAGCAGAACCUGGAGGCUCAGAGGACCGAGCGUGAGCUACGAGACGAGCUGGCUGACAGCGUCAGUAAAGAAGUCAGUGACGCUGACCGGCGCCGCAUCGCCGAGCUGGAGAAAAGCGAAGCCCAGCUCAGGAUCGAAGUGUCUAAGUUGCGGGAGGUUUCCGACGUAGCAAAAACGCAGGUGUUUGCUCUAGAAGCCAGGCAGCAGUCCCGGGAAAAGGAGGUGGAGUGUCUCAGGAGGCAGGUGCUCGACUAUCAGGCUCAAAGUGACGAGAAGGCCCUCAUCGCGAAGCUCCAUCAGCACAUCGUGGCUCUGCAGCUGAGCGAGACGGCGGCCGUCAGCAGGCUGGAGGCCUACACCACCCGCCUCCGCCACCUGGAGGCUCAGAGGCUGAGGGCGGAGCAGCAGCUGGACGCUCAGCAGCAGGCGCUGUGGCAGGCGAGGCAGGAGGGGCGUCAACGCGCUCGACACCUCCGCCAGGCCCUGAACAGCCUGCGUAGACGGUUCUCCGGAGCACUGCCCCUCAGCCAACAGGAGAAGUUCUCCAGCACUAUGCUGCAGCUGCAAGAGGACAGGGCGAGGGCGCGGGAGGAGGCACUCCGGGCGCAGGAGGAGCGCAGCGCAGCCCAGGGGAAAGCACAGGAGCUGGAGCUCCGACUGAAGGGUCUGGAAGAGCUCACAGCCACCCUGAAGGACGUUAAAGGAGCUCAGAAGGUGGGCGAGUGGCAUAAGAAGCUGGAGGAGGCUCGUCUGCAGGAGCUGAGGAAGAACAGAGAGCUGGUGGCGCAGCGGGAGGAGAUCCGGUAUCUGAGGAACAUGGUGGCCGAGCAAGAACGCUCCAUCAGCAGCCUGGAGGAGGAACUGGUGCAGCAGAACAACCUGUUGGAGGAGCAGCAGCUUUCAUGGGAUCAGAGAGAGGUGGAGUUGGAGCGACAGCUGGAGAUCUACGAGAAACAGCAGAACCAAAUCAUCGGAUCUGCUCAGAAGUUUGAAGAAGCCACGAGUUCUCUGCCAGACCCAAACCAGCCUUUAGCUCACCAGCUGGAGCAUGCUCUGAAUAAAAUAAAGGAGCACGUUCGUACCAUUCUGGAGAUUCAAGCCACCUGCAAAACUCUGGAGGAGAAGCUGAAGGAGACCGAGGCGGCGCUGUGGCAGGCCGAGCAGAACGUCCUGUCGCGGGACCGUGUCAUCAACGAGCUCCGCCUCCGUCUCCCAGCCACCGCUGAGAGGGAGAAGCUCCUCGCCGACUUGAGCAAACAGGACGACACGAGCAGCCAGCGCGCCCUGAAAAUCGCUCACCAGACCAUCAGCAACCUGCAGGGUCUCCUCGACCAGAAAGAGGAGGUCCUCAAGAAGUACCAGAACCUUCUGGCCAAGGCGAGACAGGAACAGGAAGAAGCAGUAAAAAAGCACGAACAGGAAGUGAGGAACCUGCACCAACAGCUGGACCUUCACACAGACCUGUCCCUGGACCGCUUCAGACAGACCACACUGGAGCGGAUGAAAAAACCCACCCUGAACGUCCCGACCACGAAGCAGAUGGAGCGUCUGGCUGAAAUGGAGCAGAUGGUGACGGAGCAGGACACGUCUCUGUCAUCGCUCACGCACAAGCUGAAGGUGCUGAGUGCUGAGCUGGAGAGACAGAGGCACGUUACAGCUUCUCAAGCCAAAGAGCACGCAGAGGAAACAGCCAAACUGGAGGAAAGGCAUUCAUCCCAGAUAAAUGCUAUGUCCAAGGAAUCAGAGGAGCUGAGAUCCCAGCUGCGCCAGAUGGAGAAAGAGCUGCAGUACCUCAGCACCGAGCUGGAGGCCCAAAAAGAGGCCAACGUUCGCUCGCCAAGCAACACCAUGAAGAACUUGGUGGAGCGUCUGAAGGCCCAGCUGGCCCUCAAAGAGAAGCAGCUGAAGGCUCUCAGUAAAGCUAUGCUGGAGAUUCGGGCGCAGAUGACAUCCCAGGCUGAGCAACAGAUCAUCGCAAACGCGGCCCAGAAAGAGGAGGCGCUCAACGUUCAGCAGAUCGUGGACAAGCAAACCAAAGAGCUCAAGUGUCGUGUAAAGGAGCUCAGUGACGAGCUGCAGAGCUGGAAGGAGAACGUGAAAGCGGGGAAAACCCGAGAGAGCUCUCUGAAGGAGGAGGUGGAGAGCCUGAGCCGCGAGCUACAGAAGAGCCAGAAGGUCCAGAGCAGACUGCAGAGCGAGAAGGACCAUCUGGAAGAACAUCUGGACGAGCUGAAGCAGAAAGUGAAGAGACUCAGCAGCAGCCUGCAGGGUCAGACUGAAGGUGAAGGUAAAGGCCCAUCAGUAGAGGCUUUACAGAGGAAGAUCCACAGGCUGGAAUCCGAACUGGACAGGAAGAACGUGUCGGAGACGGUCGAGAAAAAGCCGGCAGUGAAGGAUGACAAGGUGAACAUGGAGUCUAAUAAAGAAGAACUGGUGAGGUGGGAAGAAGGUAAGAAGUGGCAGGCGAGGAUGGAGAAACUGCGUAAUCUUUUAAAAGACAAGGAUAAAGAGACGGAGUCCCUCUCCAAACAACUGGCCACCCUGAAGGAGCUCUACGGAAGGCUGGAGCAAGAGAAACUGAUCCUGCAGAGGAAGCUGAAGAGUCGAGGGGUGACAGCGGAUCAGGUGGUGGGCACACGGGCGACCCUCGAGGCUGACAAAGAGAUCGAGCAGCUGAAGAAGAGGAACUGUGAGCUGGAGCAAGAGAUCGAGAUCGUCAAGCAGCAGCAGGCUUUACCUCGGGACGCUGCGAUGGAGGACAUGAACAUCAGGAACCGCUACCUGGAGGAGAGACUUCACUCUCUGGAAAGCCAGCUGUCUAAAGAACCUCAAUCCAGGCCAUCGACGUCCGGCCGGGGCUCAGCAGGGACUCCAACACAGAAGGAGCACGAGCUACAGAAAGAGAACCUCAAACUCUCCAGCGAGAACCUGGAGCUGCGCUUUCAGCUAGAACAGGCUAACAAAGACCUGCCUCGGCUAAAGGCUCAGGUGUCUGACCUCAAAGAAAUGUGUGAUGCUCUGAAAAAGGAGAAAGCAGAAGUGGAAAAGAAGCUGAGUAACAUGCGUGCGUCUGGAAGAAGUGGAAAAACCGUCCCUGAGCUGGAGAAGACCAUCGGGCUGAUGAAGAAGGUGGUGGAGCGAGUGCAACGAGAGAACGAGACUCUGAAGAAGUGCUCAGGGACGGCGAUCCAAGAGAAGCUCACCGCUCUGCAGCACGAGCACGAGAAACUCAAGGCUGAAUCCGACAGGUUGAAGGAGAGGAAUCGGCUGACAUCCAAACUCGAGUCACAGGUGAAAGGAAUGGAGAAGAUCGUGAUGGAGAACGAGCGACUGCGCCGGGACAUCAGAAAGGAAUCGGAGGCUGCAGAGAAGCUGCGAGUAGACAAGAGCACUCUGGAGGUAAGAAAUGAAAAGCUGAAGCGCGAGCUCGAAGAGACCAACCAGAAGCUCCUACUGGCUCAGUCGAAGGGUCCAUCCAUGGAUGGAGCAGAUAGCAAGACCUGUAAAUCCAAAGUUGUGACGAGGUUGUUUGAAAAUAAAAUGAAAGCGCUCGAGAAUGAACUCUCGACGAAGAACGCAAGUCUGUCCGAGCUCAAACUGCAGCUGACGGAAUUCCGUGAGAAAGAGCAGACAACACGGGAAACCAUCGCACAGCUGAAGGAGCAAGUGGAUCUUCUGAAAAAUAUUCCCAGUGAUGGGCUUCCUAAGGAGUUUAAGUCUGUUAGGUUAGCAAACCACCAGCUGGAGAAGGAGAAACUUCAUCUUCUUGAGCGGAUCCAGAAAUAUGAGGAGCAGUUUGGAACCCGUAUGGAUGGGCCAGGAUACAAAGAACUUCAGGCCCAAAUCAAGGCUGCGAGCGCGGAGAAGAGCCAACUGCAGGACGAAGUCAGAAGGAUGACCAAAGAACUGGCCAACUUUGACCCGACGUUCUUCGAAGAGCUCGAAGAUCUCAAGUUCAAUUACAACGUAGAGGUGAAGAAGAACAUCAUCCUGGAGGAGCAGCUGAAAAAACUGUCCGAGCGCUUUGGGGUAGAAGUGGACAUCCCGACGGACGGGUCGCUGAGUUAACAGGGGAAGGAGAGGAAAAGAAGUGGACAGUGAUGUUUUUAUAGUUCCGUUAUUUUACUUUUGUAAAAAGUAUAUUUAUGGAUGUUUUAAAUGCGAUGGCGACGAGAACGUCGUCGUGAUGAUGAGCCUCACUUCACUCCACUCAUCCCCGCCCCAAAAUUGUGCCAAAAUAUAUUUUAUAACUUCAGUUCAAGCUGUUACAUGUGUUUAUUAUAACAGUCACAUCAUUUCAUUUCUGGCUCAAUAAAUUAAAUGAAAUUAAA